GUGUUCUGAACUUGAAGAAACGAGGUUCUUUUAGUAAKUUUCAGAAAGUUUGAGGUUAUUUAAUUUCUGAAAAUAAAUUAUGAGCAGUGAAGCAGGUCGAGGAGCCAAAACUGUCCUUUGCCUCUCCCGAAAGGAUUACGGAAUCAGAGCUUCUUUCUUCUUAGUUCUGCAUUUACAGACCCUAUAAAAACCCUAGAUUUCUCUUUUUUCAAUUCCUUCUCUAGGAGACGAGCUCCCUCGUUUAUGUUCUUUCCAGAAAGCCCAAGCUUUGAUUUGUUUUGAGCUCCGUAGCUCUUCGAUCCGAUCAUGGCACAUUCAAUUGUAACCCAGGCUUCUGUGACUGUUCCAGUUGCAAACGAUUCUUCUCUAAGGAGAUCGAUCUUUAAGACAUAUAAUUUAAAAUUUCAGGAUAAACCAUGGGUGUCGGUCUUAUCUUCGGAUUUGAAAAUCAAUAACCCACGAUCGACAAGCGAAUACAAACUAUGCAUGUCAGUAAAACAAGUCACUCCAUCUAAAGUUGCAGUUUCACCCUUACAACUUGAGGGUGCCAAGGAACCUCCUCUCAAUAUAUACAAGCCCAAGGAACCUCACACAGCAACCAUUGUUUCUGUGGAAAGGAUUGUAGGCCCAAAGGCUCCUGGAGAGACUUGUCAUAUUGUAAUUGAUCAUGGUGGCAAUGUACCCUACUGGGAAGGACAAAGUUAUGGUGUCAUUCCUCCGGGUGAAAACCCAAAAAAACCAGGAACCCCUCAUAAUGUCCGCCUUUACUCAAUAGCAUCUUCUAGGUAUGGUGACUCAUUUGAUGGCAAAACAACCAGUUUAUGCGUUCGCCGUGCUGUUUAUUAUGACCCUGAAACUGGAAAGGAAGAUCCUUCAAAGGCUGGUGUCUGUAGCAAUUUUCUUUGCAACUCAAAACCAGGAGACAAAAUUCGGAUCACAGGGCCUUCUGGUAAGAUAAUGCUUUUGCCUGAGGACGACCCAAAUGCCACCCACAUUAUGAUAGCCACUGGUACAGGGGUGGCCCCAUACAGAGGCUACCUUCGUCGCAUGUUCAUGGAGUCUAUUCCAAAUUUCAAGUUUGGUGGCCUUGCAUGGCUUUUCCUUGGGGUAGCUAACACUGAUAGCCUCCUCUAUGAUGAUGAAUUCAGAAUGUACCUUCAAGACUACCCCGAUCAUUUCCGGUAUGAUCUGGCCCUAAGCAGGGAGCAGAAGAACAAACGUGGGGGCAAAAUGUAUGUUCAGGAUAAGAUUGAGGAGUACAGUGACGAGAUCUUUAAGCUCUUGGAUAAAGGGGCUCAUAUCUACUUCUGUGGGCUGAAGGGAAUGAUGCCUGGGAUACAGGAGACAUUGAAGAGGGUUGCAGAAGAAAGAGGGGAGAUUUGGGAAGAGAAGCUCCCACAACUCAAAAAGAAUAAGCAAUGGCAUGUUGAAGUCUAUUAAUAAAACUGCAUAACAUUGAGUUAGUUCUAUGUCAUUCCCCACCACCACACUAGAAUCUAAGAUUGGGGUAAUAUUCUCAUUUUCUCAUUGAUUAUUUGACUAUGGGUCUUAUUGUUCAGUUCCUGUAGGGGAACUUCAGUGAAUGCCAUUGAUUUGAACUCGUUAUCGUUAAGCUGAAACAAGCCGUUCUAUUUUUCUAUUGAUACUAGUAGGAGUUGCUGCU